AUGAAAGACCAAAGAGUCACCUUCUCAAGACUGAACCUGGCCAAGGACCCAAAGAGGCAUCAAAGAAAACCUAAGGGUGGGAAAAGCUACCUUUCAGAGACUGAACAGGAAAUAACCCCUGAGGAAUUAAACCUUCAAAACGCUACUCUGAAUCUCCAGGGGGAUGACAAGCCGGGCUCCCACACAUUCUUACUGUUACCUCCAGACAGGCACCAGCUCACGGCUGAGAUCCUGGGAGUCAUUUGCAUUGUCCUACUGGCCUCUGUGUUAAAAAUGAUAGCUUUUAUUAAAAUAAUGCAGAUGCAGAACAAUUCUCUCCCAAAUGUCACCACUCAGAAAGGAUAUCCUUGUGGUCAUUGUCCAGAGGAGUGGUUCACAUAUUCCAACCAUUGUUACUACAUUGGUAAGGAACUAAAAACCUGGAAUGAGAGUUUGAUGGCCUGUGCUUCUAAGAACUCCACUCUGCUUUAUGUAGAUGAUGAAGAAGAAAUGAAAUUUCUGGGCAUCCUGUCAAAACAUUCCUGGACUGGAGUCUUUCGUCAGAGCAGUGGUCAUCCAUGGGUGUCCAUAAAUGGCUCAACUUUCAAACUUAAAAUAGUUGAAAAAAACCCUGGUAAACGUAACUGUGCUGAGUUAUAUUCACAUAGACUUCGAUCAGAUGGAUGUGGAACUUCAAAACUUUAUGUCUGUAAGCACAAGCUUUAG